AUGAGAAGGGGCACCAUUAUAAGGAAGCACCGAGGGAGGGGAAGGAGAACUUCUGCACCUGCCUACUCAGCAACACAUGGUCAAAUUCCUUCCCGUGCACCUCAUCGUCUGUCCGCCCCGUCUGUCGUGGAGUCCUUCAGCACUCAUCGUUACUUUGACCUACAGCAAACUAAAGCAGCCUUAUCCAGAAGAUCACUGGACGACGAAAGGACAGUGUACAAGAGUUCCAGUCGCCUUACUGCCACUUCUCAGGGUGAUUCGUCCUCCUACGGCAGUGUUCUGUCUCAGAUCCAGGAGAACACCUCAGACUGUGAGGGGAUCGUCGACUUCCUGUCAAGGACGUACCGGGUUCUGUGGAGCACAAUUCUGAGUACAGUAUUCUUAUUGAUGCUCACAGCUUUACCGAUGUCCAUGAUAGCCGUAGGAUCAACAUACCGUAAUGAAUGUCCUAUAGAGCCACGUAUUCCAAUCUACCUGUUGGUAGGUGGCAGCUUCGGUCUGAUUAAGGUCCUCCUAAUGUUGUGGAAUCAAAAGAAAAGGAACAGCGACACGUGCGAUGACGAGGAAGAUGACGCUGACACAGAAGACGCUGUCAUGCGCAGAACCACAAAAUUCACUGGAUUUAUACUGAACGUAUUUUUAUCCGUGUGGUUCGUUAUGGGAAAUAUAUGGUUUUACAAAACCUGGAAACCAAACUUUGAACAACCCCUUCAUGAGCCUAAAAACUGGUGUCACGUGAUCGUGUUUCGUUACACAUUUUAUCACUUGAUAACGUGUUAUGGUCUUAUAGGACUGGCUUUGGUCAUACUAAGCAGUUUUAUUAGCUAUUACUGUUGUAAAAAGUAUUUAUAUAUCAAAUAGCUUUUUCAGCAAAGCAUUUUGGUCUAUGUUUUGAUAUGUAUGUACGAACUUCAAGAACUGUCCUGGCCCCAAGACCA